AUGAAUAAUAGUAAUAAUAAUAGUAAUAAUAGUAGUAGUGAUAAAGAUAGAUACUUUAAAAGUAUUAUAAACAAUUAUUAUAUCCGUACAAAGAUAUUUAAACAUGUAGAGGGUAUACAUAGAAUGAUUGCUAGUCGUCACUCGUUGAUACUAAAGUCACAUCAGAUGAUAUCAUUGAAUGAAUUCAUUCUAUUGCAUCGUACAGAUCUAUUCAUCAAACACUUUGAUCAAGUUUAUCAGACAAUGAAAUCAUUAUCAGAUACUUUUUCGAAUGAUAUAUUUAAAGAUAUAUUAGCAAGUAUAUUCAAAAGGAAUAAUAUAGAUGCACUUAAAUUUAUGAUACAUAGAAUAGGACCUUCGUUUGAAUAUACAACGAUAAGAUCUGCAUUGCUAGGAGUCGUUUUUGAAACACCUUCAAAAGAAAUGCUACAAAUACUGUUUGACAAUAACUAUCAUAUAGUGAAUAAGGUAAACAGUCAAGACCAUCUCACAUAUUUGGACCACAGAUUCAUUCAAUCACUCGUUUAUUGGUGUAUCACUCAUGGUGAUGUGGAAAUGUUUGAUCGAGUAUGUGAUGAUGUCCUCUGGCCUUUGUACAAUGGUCAAACGGGUAAAGCACAACCCCCAUCUAUGAUGUACGAUCGACCAGGUAUAUUUACCAGCCUAGUCAAGAAACUAUUGUACGGAGUUGAUUGUGUCGAUGAGGGAUCAUCAAGGUAUCAAAUCAUUUUCCAUAUGGUCACAAGAUCAUUGGAAUGUGGUCUGGAUCUAAGACACGAAUUGUUGAUUGCUGCUUUGGAAUGUUCAAACGAUCAAGAGAUAGUAGAAUGGAUCAAGGACAGUUUCACAGACCCACAAGAUUUUGUUGAAUUCCAUCAUCAAUCCUAUCGUUCCAUUCAACAAUGGGCUACCACCGAUACAUUGAAAAUGAUAGACUAUCAGUUGCCAUCAAAUGACAGCGAAGAAGUAUCAACAGUAGCUGCAAGAAAUGGUUACAAUGAUUUUGAACCAUCUCAUUUAAAUGCAUCGUUAAAGCAAAGCCAUUUGCAAUGUGCAUACUUUUUAAUGAGUGCUUUAGGCACAACACAAGGAUUUGGUCUUCAAUUAUACAGCCAUAGACUAGAUGGAGACAUAGAUAUUUCAAUCAUAUCAUUGGACCUUGUCAAAAAAUUGGUCGAAAACCGAUACAUUUGUAUUGAAUACCAACCAUUGGUAGAGUCUAUCAUAAAAGCCAACCAAUUAGAGACACUAGUUUAUCUUUUUACAAUUGAAGCCCAAGAUGGUGGUUCAUCAAAGCUCAUUGGUCAUCUCAAUGUAAAUGAUAUCAUCGUUUCUGCACUCUGUGUAUCCAAUGAAAAGAUUUUAGAAUAUAUACUACAAUCAUUCAUCAAUAGUAGUAUAACCAUUAGAAUACCAUUCCAAAACGUACCUCUCAUCUCUGUUACUGCACUCGAGUGUUUUCUAUCAAAGGAUCAUAAAGUGAUGCUACCUGGAAACUACACAAUGGGACUAGAUUGGUGUGCAGCUAUUCUUUCAAUGGAUAUUGUUCAACUGAUUACCAAAUACCAAUCGAUUCAGAGCAUUCCUUCUUUAAUCCUACUAACAUCUCUUGCACAAUCAGACUCCAACAUUGAAUUGUUACGUGACAAUUUAUCGUAUGUUGUACAUCCAAUUGCAAAGGAUCACUUGUACUAUGAUACAAUAGUCGAUACAAGAAGACAAAUUCUCGAACAGUCUAUCAACAAAGGCUUUGUUCAGGUGGCCACAUGUUUGGUUGGAGAAUUCAUCAAAAACAACAAUUGGAUCUAUGGAUGUUUUCCACUUCACUAUGCUCUAGAACACAAUCACUUUCAAAUAGCCUAUACUAUUGCACAAUCUUUUUCACCCUCAAUCAUCUCUUCCAAGGUAGAUAUUGACGAUAGUGCAGAAUGGAUUCAAUCAUUUUACUUUAUUAAAGACGACCAAGAAUUUGAAACAAUGUGGAAUCUAUUCAAACCUGGGACAACAAACUUUUUGAUUGUCUCUAAAGUUCUUAAGUACCCAUCACCACAUUAUCUUGGAGAGUCUCGACGAAACUAUAUCACUGAUACUAUCGAUCGAAUCAUUACCCAUUAUGGCAAAUUUUAUAAUGGUCCCGAAAAAGAUCAAUAUCAAAUGAAACCACUUGAAUUGGACUGUGAAACCAAAAGAGAAAGAAUUAAACCUCUAUCACUUUGCUACUUGCUUACAAAGUAUAAAAAAGACAAUCAAAUCUGUCUAACAAUGAAUAAUAGUAAUAAUAAUAGUAAUAAUAGUAGUAGUGAUAAAGAUAGAUACUUUAAAAGUAUUAUAAACAAUUAUUAUAUCCGUACAAAGAUAUUUAAACAUGUAGAGGGUAUACAUAGAAUGAUUGCUAGUCGUCACUCGUUGAUACUAAAGUCACAUCAGAUGAUAUCAUUGAAUGAAUGCAUUCUAUUGCAUCGUACAGAUCUAUUCAUCAAACACUUUGAUCAAGCAUAUCAGAACAUGAAAUCAUUAUCAGAUACUUUUUCGGUAAGCUAUAUUUAUAUAUUAACAAGUAUAUUCAAAAGGAGUAAUAGUGUUGCAUUUAGAUUUAUUCUGCAAAGAAUAGGAGUGUUUGAUUAUACAACGAUCAAAGUAGCCUUGGUGGGAAUCGGUUUUGAAAAACUUUCAAAAGAAAUGUUACAAAUACUAUUUGACAAUAACUAUCAUCUAGUGAAUAAGGUUAACAAACAAGAAGACCUCACCAUUUUAGAUCACAGAUUCAUUCAAUCACUGGUUUAUUUGUGCGUCACUCAUGGUGAUGUAGAAAUGUUUGAUCGAGUAUGUGAUGAUGUCCUCCGACCAGUGUACUAUAAUCGAAGUAAAUCACAACCUCCCUCUAAGUUUGAUCAACAAGAUUUCCUAGUCAAUACACAAUUGGUCAAGGAAUUCAAAGAGGGAUCAAGAUAUCAAAUCAUUUUCCAUAUGGUCACAAGAUCAUUGGAAUCUGGUCUGGAUCUAAGACACGAAUUGUUGAUUGCUGCUUUGGAGUGCUCAAACAAUCAAGAGGUAUUAAAAUGGAUCAAGGACAGUUUCAAAAACCCACAAGAGUUUGUUGAUUUCCAUCAUCACUCCUAUCGUUCCAUUCAACAAUGGGCUACCACCGAUACAUUGAAAAUGAUAGACUAUCAGUUGCCAUCAAAUGACAGUAAAGUAUCAACAGUAGCUGCAAGAAAAGGUAAUUUAGAUUACCUACUAUAUCUUUGUGAUUCGUUAGGUUACAAUGAUUUUGAACCAUCUCAUUUAAAUGCAUCGUUAAAGCAAGGCCAUUUGCAAUGUGCAUACUUUUUCAAUAAUGUUUUAAAAACAAAACAAGGAGUUGGUCGAUGCAGCCAUAGACUAGAUGGAGACAUAGAUAUUUCAAUCAUAUCAUUGGACCUUGUUAAACAAUUGGUUGAAAACCCAUACAUUUGCAUUGAAUACCAACCAUUGGUAGAGUCUAUCAUAAAAGCCAACCAAUUAGAGACACUAGUUUAUCUUUUUACAAUUGAAGCCCAAAAUGGUGGCCCAUCAAAGCUCAUUGGUCAUCUCAAUGUAAAUGAUAUCAUUGUUUCUGCACUCUGUGUAUCCAAUGAAAAGAUUUUAGAAUAUAUACUACAAUCAUUCAUCAAUAGUAGUAUAACCAUUAGAAUACCAUUCCAAAACGUACCUCUCAUCUCUGUUACUGCACUCGAGUGUUUUCUAUCAAAGGAUCAUAAAGUGAUGCUACCUGGAAACUACACAAUGGGACUAGAUUGGUGUGCAGCUAUUCUUUCAAUAGAUAUUGUUCAACUGAUUACCAAAUACCAAUCUAUUCAGAGCAUUCCUUCUUUAAUCCUACUAACAUCUCUUGCACAAUCAGACUCCAACAUUGAAUUGUUACGUGACAAUUUAUCGUAUGUUGUACAUCCAAUUACAAAGGAUCACUUUUGCUUUGAUGCAAUAGUCGAUACAAGAAGACAAAUUUUCGACAAUGUUUGCACCAAAGGCUUUGUUCAGGUGGCCACAUGUUUGGUUGGAGAAUUCGUCAAAAACAGUUGGGUCUAUGGAUAUUUUCCACUUCACUAUGCUCUUGAACAUAAUCACCAUCAAAUAGCCUACACUAUUGCACAAUCUUUUUCACAAUCUAUCUCUUCGACAUUGGUUGACGAUGUGACAAGUGCUGGAUGGAUUCAAUCAUUUUACUAUAUUACAAACGGCCAAGAAUUUGAAACAAUGUGGAAUCUAUUCAAACCUUGGACUACAAACUCUUUGAUUGUCUCUAGUGUUCUUAGGUACCCAUCACCACAUUAUCUUGGAGAGUCUAGACGAAACUAUAUCACUGAUACUAUCGAUCGAAUCAUCACCCAUUAUGGCAAGUUUUAUAAUGGUCCCGAAAAAGAACAAUAUCAAAUGAAGCCACUUGAAUUGGACUUUGACACCAAAAGAGAAAGAAUUAAACCUCUAUCACUUUGCUACUUGCUUACAAAUCAUGGGUUGUUGUUACCUAUCUGUGAAUAA